UCCUUGACCCUGAAAAGUUUUUGUGUUGGAAGUUCCUUUGACAUUGUGAAAGCUAGGACAUGAACAAGAUAAAUCAGACAUUUUUGACAGAAUUCAUUCUUCUGGGACUCUCUGGUUAUCCACUAGAGCUCAUUUUCUUUACUCUCAUUCUAAUUAUAUACCUAGUGAUUCUAAGUGGAAAUGGUGUUCUGAUCACAGCAAGCAUCUUUGAGUCUCAUCUUCACACUCCUACAUACUUCUUCCUGGGUAACCUCUGCUUCCUGGAUAUCUGCUACACAUCAUCCACUGUUCCUUCAGGAUUGGUGAGAUUGGUCUCAAAGAAAAGAAACAUUUCCUUCUCUGGAUGUGCAAUACAGAUGAUCUUUGGAUUUGCCAUGGGAUCCACAGAAUGUUUUCUCCUUGCCAUGAUGGCUUUUGAUGACUAUGUGGCCCUCUAUAACCCUCUGAGGUACCCCAUCAUCAUGAGCAAGAGGGUGUGUAUAUUGAUGGCCUCUGUAUCAUGGCUGUCUGGUGGAAUCAAUUCAGCUGUGCAAACCUCUCUUGCCAUGCGACUGCCAUUCUGUGGGACGAACAUUAUCAAUCACUUCACAUGUGAGAUCUUAGCUGUCCUCAAGCUAGCUUGUGCUGAUAUAUCCCUCAAUAUUAUUACCAUGUCAAUAGCAAAUAUUAUCUUCCUGGUUCUCCCACUGCUGGUCAUUUUCUUCUCCUACAUGUUCAUCCUCUACACCAUCUUGAGAAUGAACUCAGCCACAGGGAGACGCAAGGCCUUUUCUACCUGCUCACUAACUGUGGUGGUCAUAUUCUAUGGCACCAUCUUUUUUAUGUAUGCAAAACCCAAGUCCCAAGACCUGAAUGAGGAAGACAAGUUGCAAACUUCAGACAAACUUAUUCCAUUGUUUUAUGGGGAAGUGAUCCCCAUGUUGAAUCUUAUCAUUUAUAGCUUGAGGAAUAAGGAUGUUAAAGCUGCUGUAAAACAUAUGCUAAACCAAAAAGGUAUUCAAUAA